CUGGCUGCCCGGCAGAUCAAUUUUUGACAUUCAUAAUGACAGCGGAGAAGACCUCAACUUCCAAAAGCGAACCUCUUAAAACUCCUCAAGAUUUCCUUGAGGGAGAGUGGUCUAUCCGACAAUGUUUCCUUUACAAGGACGAGUACGACGAUUGCAGGAGUUUCAAAGCACGAUUUCACCAGUACUUCGUGCACGGGGAGAACACCGAUUGCAGUCAAUGGAAAAUUGACUAUGACAAUUGCUGCCAAUUCAGGGAAAAGAAGGACAUAGAAGCUGGCAAGGCAGUUAUCCAAAGCGAAGCGGAAAGACGGAGAGUGCGGAUGCAGGCACACUACGCAAACGAUGUGUGGAAGAAACGGAAAGCUCCGCCGGAAGAUUGGAGCAAACCAUUGCCGGAAUGGUUGCAGAAGAAGAACGAGGGCACGUUCCUGGCGAUAAAGGCACAAGAACUCAAAACUGGCAUCGUCUCUGAGCCAGAAAAGAAGAGUUAUUGCUCGAUUAUGUGACAAAUGUGUGCAAGGAGGGUAAGAGUAGGCGACUUUGUAGGAAAAUGUAAUUUAUGAUUAGACUAACUUUAUUACCGUGAAUAAAUUGUGUUCAUAAGUUAA